GUUUAAACACUGAGCACUGAAACACUGUUGUUACCACUAUCCCCUCAUCACUUGAUAUAUAUAUAUAUAUAUAUAUAUAUUUUUUUUUAAAAUCAUUUUUAUAGCAAAGACCACCACGAUUUUUUCAUUUUUUACCCCCAAAUCACAUAUAACACAACUCACUCGUUUUAUAUUGGAUUUCUGCUUUCCCUCUAAGUGUGGACGCUCCUGCCUUCACUCCUCACAAGGAUCCACAGUCACACACCUCAAAUUUCUCCUUUGGAUACACCAUCGACAAUUCGAAAUGACUCCAGUUCCGGUUCGGAUCACCCUGCUCCUGGUGUUUUGCUCCGGUUUGUGCAGCGCCAUUCAGUGGCUCGGUCUGACAAUAAAUGGCAGUUCAGUGGCCUGGAAUGAGAGCGAACACUGUAGAUUGUUGGAACGUCUCGUCCCUGAUCAGAUCCAACUCUGCAAGAGGAACUUGGAGCUAAUGCACAGCGUUGUUAAUGCUGCAAAGCAGACCAAAAUGAUUUGCCAGUUGACCUUUUCUGACAUGAGAUGGAACUGCUCGUCCAUUGAAAGUGCACCACACUUUACCCCUGACUUGUCAAAGGGAACAAGAGAAUCUGCCUUUGUUUAUGCUUUAGCGUCUGCUGCUCUGAGUCAUUCCAUUGCUCGUGCCUGUGCUGCUGGUGAUAUCCCAACAUGCUCUUGUGGAGCCCCUCCAGCUGAGGUUUCUGGACCAAGUUUCCGCUGGGGCGGAUGUGGAGACAAUUUGCGCUAUGGCUUGCAAAUGGGUUCUGCCUUUGUGGAUGCACCCAUAAAGUCGAGCAGAUCAGGAACGCAGGCUACAAAGUUCAUGAACUUGCACAACAAUGGAGUGGGGAGACAGAUACUCAUUGAUUCUCUUGAAACAAAGUGCAAGUGCCAUGGUGUUUCUGGAUCUUGCUCUGUGAAGACCUGUUGGAAGGGACUCCAGGAUUUAUCCAGUGUUGCUAAUGAAUUGAAGUCAAAGUAUCUGGCUGCAACCAAAGUAAUAAACAGACAGAUGGGAACUCGAAAGCAGCUGGUUCCUAAGGAGCUGGAUAUCAGGCCUGUCAGAGACUCUGAACUGGUCUAUGUGAACAGCUCUCCGGACUACUGCACCAGCAAUCCGAAGCUGGGCUCCUAUGGAACACAGGACAGAUUGUGUAACAAGACCUCAUUGGGAAGUGACAGCUGUAAUUUGAUGUGCUGUGGCCGUGGGUAUAAUGCUUACACAGAAACCAUUGUGGAGCGUUGUCAGUGCAAGUACUACUGGUGUUGCUACGUCACCUGCAAGAAGUGUGAGCGGAUUGUGGAGAGAUAUGUCUGCAAGUAAUUCCAUUAUGGGUUUCCCGCAACACACAAUGAAAUUGCCAAAUUACAUGGUAAUCACAAGCUUCGUAACUCAGGGAUUGUGACUUAAAAGUUCUCUUGAUGAAAUGCAGAGGGCACCUUUUAAAGCAGCUGGUCUGAAGUGCACACUAACAAGAACUUAUUCAUCCCAUAGAGUAGUUGAAUGCCCUGGGCAGGUGAGCUUAUAGUGCUCAAGAGCUGAAGGCCCAUGAAGUGACAAUUUUUUUUAUUUGAAAAAGGCUAGCCGCCUUCCUUCUCUCUGACACUCAAGAAACCAAAGCACCACUGGAAGAGUGCGCAUGAUCCCAAGGAAGUUUGCCUUCCUUCGUGCUGAGGUGGUGUGUUUUGACUAAUGCUCCGCUGGAAGGAGUUUGUGGAAAUUGGUGCCAGAACUUUGUAAUGCAAUUGGUAACCUUUAUCCAUUUUUGACUGCAAAAAUGUAAUGUACUUGUAAAUACCUGUAAAGACUAAACUGUGGACCAUGGCAUAGAUUUACUGUAACAAUUUUGCUAAAGCUGUAAUUUAUAUAUUUUUUUAAUAAACCUGUUUUUGC